AUGAGAUUUCACAAUGUGGGCAUCUUGUUGUGGGCCGUUCUAUCCAAUGUGUGCUACAGUUUAGUGCUGGUAGAUUCUUCGCUGGCUUCUGCGUGUCUAUAUUAUGACAAAAUGUUCGAGUGGGGAUGUGGUUCGCACGGAAUGGGUAUGAAAGCCUACAAGUGUCGAUGUGGCAAUAUUAAUUGGCUGGGUACUGUCACUAAUUGUAUUGCCAGUAACACGGAAAGUAAGAGACUCAGAGAACACGCAUUCAGACAUGUUGCUAAGAGGUGCUACCAGAAGGGUGAUUUCCAUUACAGUUUGCAGGACAUGUACGGAUUUUGGGAAAAUGGCACGCAGUAUCUCCGGGACCCUACCGAGGCAGAUCUCACCAGUCCUGUGAACACGGCGAUUGGCUUCGACCAGGAGGAAUUUGACUGGUACUACCGCAAAUUCAAAGACUUCACAUUCCAGGCGCAGAGAAGCCAAUGGUUUGGGUGGGGCGUUGUUUUCUACUGGGCCGCAGUGAUGGUGGUUUUCACGGCGUACAACGUGAAUUGCAAAUACUUUGGAUUUAGGGUUCCAGGAAAGCCGUGGUUCACGCGGACGCUGGUAAUUCCUUCCGUUUUUCAAGCUUUUUGGCAACGUUCGCCGGGGAUGCGAGCCCUAAUGCCGGGACCACAUCCCAAUCGGUUGCAGGGGUUUAUCGUGACGAUCUUCGUCAUCCAAGUCAUGAUCAGCACCGGCGUGGGCUACCAAAUGGAACUUCCCAACCCUUAUCUUACCACCAGAUGGUUUAUGAAUCUCGAUCUGGUCAGCUACAGAACAGACUUGAUGUCUAUGUCGCUAUUCCCACUGAUUUACUUCUUCGGGAUUCGCAACAACCCCUUUAUCGCGCUCACUGGUAUGUCUUACACCGCAUUCUCAUUUUUCCACAAGUGGUGUGCCUAUGUCGCUACGGCCUUGGCUUUUAUUCACUCCAUCAUUUGGACGGUGUACGCCAUCCAAACAGAUGGCUACCAAGUCUGGGCUAUGGAUGCAUAUUGGCAAUACGGCGUGGCUGCGAUGGUUCUGAUGGCGCUUUUAGUUAUUCACAGCGCCAAGGUACUGAGAGACCUUAUGUACGAGCUCUUUCUUUUCGCCCACCAAUUGCUCAACGUUUUCUUCAUUGUUGGGAUGUACUACCAUUGCAAGGACUUGGGAUGGCUGGGAUGGAUAUGGUCGAUGGCCGGGAUAUUGGUCUUUGACAGGGUGCUCCGGCUUGGGCGCAUUGCUAUGAGCGGGGGACCUCAGACGUCAACUCUGACUGACUGUGGUGGUGGAAUAAUCAAAUUGACUCUUCACAAACCCAAAUACCUGGCGUACCGUCCCGGAUCGUUUGCCUAUAUCUAUUUCUUUGGCUGGAACGACCCCUGGUACUACCAGUGGCAAUCGCACCCGUUCACACUGCUCAGCUUAGCGAAUGAAGUUGGAAGCCAUGGAGAAAAUUUGGUAGUAUACUUCAAGGCUCACAAAGGUGUCACUGGACAAAUGUUGCAGCGACUUCUAAAGUCUGGCAAAGAUUCUAUCCAGGUAACGGUCAUGAUUGAAGGCCCUUAUGGUGACGUUCUUCCACAAACCGCAAAAGUCGAGCAGAAUUUGGUAGCAGUGGGGGCAGGGCUAGGUAUAACUGCAAUCUAUGCACAACUAGAUCAUCUGAUGAGAGCACAACCUUCCGAAUUCAGUCGCAAGUUGUUCUGGGUUAUCAAUGACGUCAACCGUAUAGCGUGGUUCUCAGACCACUUGAAGUUCCUGUUGUCAAAAGGUUGCGAAGUUACCAUUUUGUGCACGAAUCCCAAGGAGCUGGAAUGUGGGAAUUUAUCGCCAUGUUUUGACGACAAAGUACUGGAAAAGAUUGAGGUAAAAAAUUUAUUCUCGAGGCCUGAUUUGAAUUCCCUGAUCACUCUCGAGAUUCAGGAGUCUUCCUAUCAAUCCAGGAACGUCAAAUUCAUAACCUGUGGGCCAUCGACCUUUAAUGUUGAUUUUAGAGCUACCCUCGCUGCAGCUUUGGAUAAUCAGCUAACUAUUGACGUUGCGCUCCAAGAAGAAAGUUUUGUGUGGUAA